AUGUCGAAAUCCCAAGAAGGUUGGCUAAGAAUUAAAUUAGCAAGUCAAAACAAAUGGCAUCGCCGAUACUGUACUAUCGAUUGGGAUAAAUCUAUCUUAUUCAUCUCGUCAAGAGCAGAUGCACGAUUUCGAGAUUGGAUCAAACUUCCACCAAAUGUCAUCAUUCACGAUUCCGAAAGCUCAUUUAAUACCGAACCAAAUAAUCUAAAUCUGCUAAUAACAAUCAACGAAACGCAACCGAAUAACAGUACGCUGACACAUUUGCUACAAGCAGAGAAUAAACAUGAUUUUGAUAUAUGGCUAUUAGUAUUGAAACAAACAGCUUAUAGUCGAAUCGGAGGUGCUAUCUUCGGACAAUCACUAGAAACAACCUAUACUUAUGCUCAAGACAAAUCGUCCUUUGUACCAUUACUUGUUCGGCAAUGUUGUGAAUAUCUACUCGAACACGGCUCAACAUUUGUUGGCUUAUUUCGAGUACCAGGUAAACAAUCUUCAAUAAGGGAAUUACGUGAUAGAUACGAUCGUGGUUUAUCUGUUGAAUUGCAUCAAUCAUAUUCUCCGGCGACCAUCUCAUCUUUGCUGAAAAUCUAUCUCCAAUCUUUACCGGAACCAAUAAUUCCCACGAAAUAUUUCGAUGAUUUCCUCGAAAUCGGUUCGCGUUUCAAAUACAGUCAAACAAAUGAUUUAAAUACAUUAAAACAUUUGAUUGAAAGCAAAUUAUCCAGUCAUAUCAACUAUGCGGUCUUAGCCUAUCUAUGUUUAUUUCUAAGAAAAAUCACCGAACAUGUACAAAUCACAAAAAUGGAUGCCGAUAACUUAGCUGUUGUUUUUGGAAAUAAUCUUAUUCGACCUGUUGAAGAACUUGAUCUCAAUAUGAUUAAAGGACAUAGUUAUAAUUUACUUCCAUUAAUUAAAGUCUUGAUCGAUCAAAGUGAAUAUCUGUUUUCGAGUCAGAAUUCAUCCAAUCAAUUUCAUGAUUCUUAUGAAGCAACAAACGAAUCCAUUACAAAAUCAAGUGGAUUCUCUUCGUUUUCCUCAUUAUUAUCUACUAAUGAUCAUCAUCCGGUCACGGCCAGUUCGCGUUCGAAAUCGAUGCCAUCGAUAUGUAUCGAGACAUUUUCAUCAUUGGAUAGUACAAACUCGAGUUUUGAAAAUCAAAUCGAUUCCGACGCUGUCGCUCAAGAAACAACAACGAAUCGACAGAAAUCAGUCGACAAAACUCGAAAAAUAUCCAAAACGAAUUCCACCGGAUUCUUUCAAGACAGUCGACCGAAAAGAUAUGGAAGUAUUGAUUUAUUAGACACGAAAACAGACUACAACAGUAUGUCAUCAAUGCCAGCAACAAUCAGUGAUCCUGUAGUACAACAAAGACAGCAUGAAGACUACCGUCCUCAUCCCAAAUCGACAAUCGAAGUUCCAAUGACGAUUCGUAAAAUGGAGAAAUAUCCACCAAAGAAAGGUCUAGCUAAUAAAUUUGGCAAAUCAUUCUCAAGCUUUAAGUCUAGUAUGUCAAAAGCCAUGCAAUCGCAUAAAUCAUCGAAUGAAACUGAAUCUCAGAUGAACGAGAUAUUUUCAUCGAGUCAAUCGAACGAUGCUCAAAUGAUAAUCAAGCAAUUGCAAAACGAAAUUGUUCGUUUGAAAGAAUUAGUAGAAGACAGAGAUUUGAUGAUAAAUGAUUUAAAGAAAAGUUCUCAUGACGAACGGAACAAAUUCGAGAAAGAAAGAUUAAAAUUGAACCAAAAAGUCGAACAAUUACAACAGGAAAAUAUUCAAUUACAAAAACAAAUACAUAUGCAAUAA